AUGCAAGGCGACCAAAUUGACGCCACGAUCGAAGGGUUUCAGGCCCUAUACUCAAGGGCGAACACUCUCCAGGUUUUCCGCUUGGCAGGGUUCUGUGCAAUACAGCUUUCGAUAGACUACGCGCAGCGUAGAGACUGGGACAAGAGUGUGGAGUGGGGUCAGCGAGCGCUCGACAUAGCGGAAGAAUAUCAAGACUGUAACUUGGGAUCAGAGGCGGCAAAGUCCAUCAUACUCUCCAAACGAGAAAGAUUGAGGCAUUCUCCAUACCGGUCGGGCUUCGAAGAGCUGAUCAAUUUCUUAAUCACCUGGGCAGAGAAGAACCGCCAGAUGGGCAACGUUGAGAACCAGAUGGACAAAUAUGGACUACUCUCCAAUGUAGAGAUCCUGCGGGCCAACCGGUUCGAGGACGUCGAGAAGCGAGAGGCGUCAAGAAGAUGUCUUGCUUGGCUCGAGCAAGCCGAGGGUCUAGUGAACUUGCUUCCAGAGCGGGAGCAGACGUCAGCAAUUGCGGAGAUCAAGUUCAAAUCCUUCUACGCAUUACUUCUGCUGGACCAGCGUACCGCAGCAAUAGAGACUCUGCGACUAGCUCACCUGCUGUUUCAACGAGACGGAAAACAUCGAGAAGCCCAAAAGAUGCUGACAAUCAUCUCCUAA